AUGAGUUCGUUGGUAAAGAGUAAUCUAGCAGUUAAUCUCAAAAUCGCAAUUGUUCAAUUGAACUCACAAAUUGGUCAAAUUCAACCAGCAGUUGGUAGAACUUGGGAAUUGUUAAAAAAGUUCAAUAAUAGGGUCUCGAGUACUCCAAAGAAACCUGAUAUUAUUAUUUUCCCAGAAUUUGCACUCACUGGCUAUAAUUUUCAUUCAAGGGAUCAAAUAUUACCUUAUUGUUGUGUUCCAAACAAGGGCCCCUCUUAUGAGCUAGCAUGUAAAGUGUCCUCUAUGUUUCAAUGUUACACGGUGAUUGGAUAUCCUGAAAGGACUGCGGCUGGUGAUAAAUUAUACAAUUCAGCUAUUGUGAUAAAUCCACAAGGAGAACUGGUCUUCAACUACAGAAAGUCAUUCUUGUACCAAACAGACGAAGAAUGGGAUUGUUUGGAGAAUCCACAGGGCUUUCAAACUUUCCCUCUGAGCUUUAAAGAUAUAGCUAGAGACCAACAGGGUAAUGUUCAAGACGUCACAUUGAAGACAUCGAUUGGUAUUUGUAUGGACUUAAGUCCUUAUAAAUUUAAGGCACCUUUCCACGAUUACGAAUUUGCUACCUAUAACGUGGAUCAAGGAACUGAAUUAAUAAUUUGCCCCAUGGCAUGGUUGCAUUCCACUUCUGCGAUUGCUGGCGAUGAUAAUGAAACCGAAUUGCAAGCUUCCAUGGAUAAUAUUGCCAAGAAUUGUACAAGAGAAAAUAUCCCCACAGUUGGAACACAGGGGGAGUUUGAUAUUGAUAUUGAUGGUCAUGAAACCCCAAGGUUACCAAGAGAAGAUGAAGAUGAUAGAAAUUUGUUUCGAGAAUUGAAUAAACCUGAUAUGUGUAAUGUGAACUAUUGGUUACUAAGAUUUUUACCAUUUUUAGGUUUGAAGGAAAGAAGUGAAUGGUCAGUAGCAGCCUUAGCAAAAUUAAUUGUGCGUGGGCGCUUACUUCGUUCUUCUUACAUUGGGGCUGCGUUGGAUAAUUAUUGGUCAUUUAAAAAUAAAAAUGCAGUCCUUGCAAUUGCCAAUAGAUGCGGUAUCGAAGAAGGUAAAACCGUAUUCGCAGGGUCUUCAGGUAUUUACAAGUUUAACGGUCAAGAAUAUGAAAAUCACGAUUCAUUAGAUUCUACCAAUUUCAGCGUAGAAUUAAAGGGUAACUUGGGCAAAGGUAAUGAAGGAAUUAUAUACAGAGAAGUGAAUUUCCAAGUUUCACGCUAA